AUGAAUCUAGUGGAGCUCAAGAACCUGCGGCCGCAGCUCUACUCCGCUUCUGAGUACUACGAGAAGUCCUACCUCAACACCUACCAGAAGCAGAUCCGCCGCCACCUCCUCCCUCGAUCCAGUCCUCUCCCCGGCCUCCUUUCCCCGAUCCAGUCCUCUCCCCAUCGCUCCCACCCACCGCCGACCUUGCAGCCCUCCUCACCAUCGCCGCCGACCUCGUCUCCCUCCCUCCCCACCGCUCUCCCACCAGGCGCUCUUCGCGGCCCUCCGAUCCGCGGACGCCGAGGCCAUGCGCCGCCUCCUGGCCGGCGCCAAGGAGUCUGCGCUCUACGUCGUGGAGGACACCGAGGCCAUGCACCGGCCAACGGCAAGGACGCCUCCCCUCCUCCCCGUCCCCGUCCCCCGCCCCCACCCGCCGGGCCCGCGCUCCCCGGCAACGCGGAGGAGUACGUGUGCGGCUCCAUCGAGGCCUCCCUCGGCCUCCCCGUGCCCGACCGCUCGCUCCGCGCCAAGCUCGCCGCCUCCGAGGACCUGCGCCGCCGCCUCCAGGACCGUGUCUUCACGCUCGAGGAGGACCUCCACGCCGCCGCCCGCCGCAUCGACCUCCUCAGGAACGAGUUGGCGAUGAACGCGGAGGGGAUCCAGCGGUGCGUGGAGGAGAAGGAGGCCGUGGCGACCGCGCGCGACCAGCUCGCCGCCCACGCCGCCAGGCUCGAGAAGGAGUGCGUCCUCUACGAGCAUGACCUAGAGCGCGCCAUGGAGUCCUGCGACGAGCUCGCCAGGGAGAGCGACGACCUGCGCAAGUGCCUCCGGGACGCCCCCGACGUUACCGCACUGAACAAUGAAGUGGAAGCCCUACAGAGGGACAAGGAGAUACUGAGGACCAAUCUAAACAAAGCAGAGGAGGAAACCCUACCGCUCGCCGCUCUCCAUGCGCCGCCUCUCCAACUUUGCCGUGAAGGGAAAGUUUAG